AUGCCUUGGCGGGACACCAUUCCAAUGUCGAGAGUGACAGAAUUCAGUGCAGAGGAAGGGAGUAGCUCCAAGAUAAAUAUCACUUAAUGGCUCAUAAUGACACUUAAUGACAGACGACCAUUUCCUCGUGGACGCGAGUAAAGACAGGAACAAAUAAAAAAACAUCAAGCCGACAACAGUCUCGACGAGAGCUGCCCCCAUCUUGAGAGGCCUCCACUUGUGACGCACUUGAUAAGGUGACCGCUCCGAGGCUGCCUGCACCCAUUUCUCCACACAUUGUCCAAGGAGAGAGGCACGGUCACUUCCAGGCCCGUCUGGGAACAAUUUUUCUCCUGAGACAUUUUUCUCACCUAAGGAGUAUCAAAGGAAGAGCAUCCCCCAUGGAAACCUUGGACGCUUCUACUCUAGCAGCUUCAGCUGUCAGCUAUGACCCUAAAACCGAGGCCGUGACGUUGCCGGGAGGCGUGGUUUCUGUGGCCGGCAUCGCCGUGGUAACCGGCGGCGUGGAGCUGUCCUGCGGCUCGUGCAUGUUGGCCUUCGGAUUUUGGGGCACACUCAUCGGUUUCAGCUGCGUGGGCGUGGGUGCGUGGGACCAGCUAAACCACUUCAGCGAAGGAACCUCUCACUUACUGGCACUGGGACUGCUGAUCCUGGCCCUCAGCAUUGCCCUGGUCGGGAGCGUGCUGGCCUUCUACCUCCUGACCAAGAGGAGGAGGGAGAUGAGGCGUGGUAGGAGGCAGGACGGCAAGGAAGUACUUGUGGAGGAGAAUGUAGUCAAACAUCUCACAGUGUAGCUGACAGACGAAAGAGUUUUUGAUUUGUUUGUGUAAUUAAGAUAAAUGUUGUGCAGUCGCUCCUCUUGACACGUUAACUCUUCUGUUUUAUCUUUGAAAUGGGUGACAUGAUACACCGUAGUGGACUCUGAGCCUGACGGAUUUGUAAAACCGUCCCACUAGUACUAAAAUAGUUUAAAACUCAAGUGUCAUGCCUGUAAACAUUCUAAAAUAGAUAUUGUAAUGAAAAAUACAUAUAACAUUAUUCACUUCAAUGUCGAUCCGAAAAAAUAAAUAUGAGCGGAGAGCGAGCCGCACCUACUGUUUGCACCUACCUGUCAUUUGGAAC